AUGGUUUCAGUUGGAUUAAGUAGUGAAAUAUCGUUAUGCCUACUUUAUCAACUGUUCCGAUAUUUAACUACUAUUUUACAUAUUAAGGAUAUCAAAUGCUGAGUUCGUAAGGGACGGUGAUUAGUCCGCUACAUGUACUUUAUUGAACGUUUACUCGCUAAGCCUCUAACAUCAGAGUAGGCCUAAUGGCCCGAUGGCUUCGAGCAUCCCGAAGUAUCCUGUUUCACCACAUCUUAUGUUUUGUCACGUGUCUCCUCUUGUAUCACAUAGUCUUAACAUACGUAUGGAAGAAACACAAGAAUUCGAACGAUAUUAAAUUACAGGAUAGAUUUAGUGAAAGUUUACAAAUUCGUAGCAAUUUUCACGAGAAACGUGAGCCAAACUCGGACAUUCAGACAAGACGUAAUUACAGCAUCUUAUUUUGGAAAGAAAGCAAGCGAAUGCUUAAACGGUUCCUUCGUAGUUAUGGGUCAGACGAACUUGACCCCUUUGCUUUAUGUUCAGUCAGGAACUGCUAUAUAGAAACUGACAACGAAAGGGGUUUGUUGGAAAGCGAUGCUGUAGUAUUUCAUCUUCACCGAAUAGCAGGCCCACAUAAGCUACCGUUGCGGCCUCGAAUGCACCCACCUCUUCAACGGUGGGUGUUUUUUACUGACGAAUCGCCGUUAAACACAUUUCUUGUGACCAACCAAUAUCAGAUGAGUGAUUACAAUGGGGUCUUUAACUGGAGUAUGACAUAUAGACGUGAUUCGGAUGUGUACGUCCCUUAUGGAAGAACUGUGCUGAUGUCACUCGACGAGCAACAGAUUGCCCAAGAAGGAUUCAGAAAUCGUAACUUUGCAGCUGAUAAGACCAAGUUUGCCGCCAUUUUGAUAAGUAACUGUGGCGGUAGCAAUAAGAGGUUGCAGUAUUUACGGGAGCUGAAGAAACAUAUUCCUCUCGACACGUUUGGGAAAUGUGGCAAAGCUGUUUGUCCAGGUCACUUUCGAAUGGACUGUGCCCUGCUUCGAGAGUACAAGUUUUAUUUGGCAUUUGAGAACAGCAACUGCCGGGAAUAUAUUACUGAAAAGCUUUGGUGGAACGCAUUUCAAAAAGAAAUAGUUCCUGUGGUCAUGGGUGCCCCUCGCGAUGACUAUGAGGAGGUAUGUCCACCACACUCAUUUAUACACGUGGAUGACUUCGAAUCUCCGUUUUCGUUAGCUGAAUAUCUAAUUCGUGUGAACGGAAGUGACGACAUAUACAACACUUUUUUCCGGUGGAAGGAGAACUACAAGGUGGUUAACGAACACGGAUAUUUCGGAUCAUACACUUCACACAUCUGCCGACUGUGUGAAGCAUUAAAUAGUCGUAGAAACAACGAAACCAAAGUGUACGAUAGACUUGAGAACUUCUGGAGUGCUAAAUUAGACUGUUUCAGACCACAGUGGUCCAUUUCCAAAAAUGUUAAUUAACGGUUAUAGAUACUAGUUGCAUAUUGUUAGUAUUGUACCUUUUCACAACAAUAAUAUUUUGAUUUUAUUCCUCAAGUCUUUUUUUUUAAAGAAGAAAAUAAUAUUGUUGGAAUCAUAAGUUCAAAUGGCCUUCAUUGUUUAAGAAUAUAAUAAUUGUUUAAGCAUGAUGUAACCAAAGGCUUGAAUGUUUAAUGAAUGUUCUAUUAAAAACUUAAUAUCACUGAUAGGUUUGUUAUUAUUACAAUACCAUUUAUUUGUUGUACACCAUUAAAAGUUGUUUAGGAAAGCUCCCGUAGUGGCCCAGAAGUCUGAAGGCUUACAACGUUAAACAACAGGUUUCGAUACAUGUAGUGAUUACCGCACAGAUAGUCCAUUGUGUAGCUUUACGCUUAACAACAAACAAUGAAACAGUGUUUUGAAAAAGUAAUUGUUUAAAUACUGUCUUUACAAUCUUAUAUAUUAAUAUACUAAAGUAACAACGUUUCUGUACAAAAUAAGAUGAUAAACUGAUAAAAUUUAUCACUACAGAUUACCGAAUGACGACAUAGAUUCGGAUAAUUCAGUUUAAUGGCCUCAACAUCUCGUGCUUUUAGUUUGUUUAUUUUAAGAGUUUUUGCGUAAAACUACACAAGGACUGUCUGCGCCAGUAGUCCUUAAUUUUGAACUAACAGACUAGAGGGAAGGUAGCUAGUCAACAGCACUCCUCGUCUACUCUUUCAUGAAAGAAUAGCGGGGUUUGACCGUUACACUUAUAACACACUUAACUCUCCCAUGUUCUAAGUAUAUACUUCUUAUAGUGUGUAAUUAGUACCCGCUUGAUAAAACAUAAACAUUUUGUGUGGAGAUUCUCAUGUGUUUGUGUAUGUGUGUGUGUAUUUGAUCCGUUUCUGUGUGUGUGUCAUAGUUUUGUACUGUUAUAUGUCUGCCUAACGUUUUUCUAGCUUCUAUAUCAUUAAUUAGAAUGUGUUAAUAUCUAAAUGCAAAAACACGUCCUAUUUGGAUUUGUAAGUAUUAUACAGUUGCCAGCAGAUGGCGCACGACAGCUUGCACUACCUUUUGUUUGUUUCAAAUUCACUGAAAGAAUUGUUUAUAGAACGAAAAUUCAAAACAAACUUUUGUCCUGCAAUUCGUAUUUAAAAAAUCUGUCAUCAGUUUGUUUGAUUUUUGAU